AUGGCGGAGAUCAGCAAUGCCGAGAAUCACUUGGCUGGGUACAGCCAUGGGUACUCUGCAGAUGUGGAUACGAUACGUGAAAAGGAAUACCCGUUGAUGAAUGACACCACAUAUCUCGACCACGCGGGGACAACCCCAUAUGCCAAAUCAAUGAUCGAAGAUUUCUCCCGGCACAUGAUAUCAAAUCUGUAUGGAAAUCCACACUCGAUGUCGCUGUCCUCUCAGCUCUCCACUCAGCGUACAGACGACAUUAGGCUCCGCGUCUUGCGCUUCUUCAAUGCCGACCCAGAGCAUUUUGAUUUGGUUUUUGUGGCAAAUGCGACUGCAGCUAUCAAACUCGUCGCGGAUUCUCUCCGUGACUCCGACCAUCGUGGUUUCUGGUAUGGCUAUCAUAUCGACUCUCACACUAGUAUCGUCGGGGUGCGAGAGUUGGCCGAUUUGGGGCAUCAAUGCUUCCAAAACGAUGCCGAAGUGAAUGCCUGGAUCACUGAGCUGGCCAUGAACCCAACCAAGGCACCACGGCUCUUUGCUUUCCCUGCGCAGUCAAACAUGAAUGGCCGUCGCCUUCCACUCAAAUGGUGUGAGCAGAUCCACUCGGUUGCGACUGAUAAUGGUAGCAAUGUUUUUACUCUGCUUGACGCAGCCUCGCUUGUCUCAACAGCUCCUUUGAACCUGAGUUCUGCUGAAGCAGCGCCGGACUUCACUGCUCUAAGCUUUUAUAAGAUAUUUGGAUUCCCCGAUUUGGGCGCCUUGAUUGUCAAGAAAAGCGCAGCUCGUGCCUUCGAAAGGCGCCGUUUCUUCGGUGGUGGCACCGUUGACAUGGUCCUUGCUCACGGAGCGCAGUGGCACGCAAAAAAGGAAACCUCAAUUCAUGAACGCCUCGAGGAUGGCACCCUUCCAUUCCACAGCAUCAUCGCUCUUGAUGCAGCCAUCGAUACUCAUACUCGUCUUUACGGCUCCAUGGCAAAUAUUUCCGUACAUACCGCCUAUCUGGCCAAAUGUCUGUUUGACCGAAUCUCCGUACUGCGUCAUUGGAACGAGAGGAAAGUGUGUCAAAUCUACCAGUCAAAUUCUGCGUACGGAUGCGCUCAGACACAGGGUCCAAUCGUUGCUUUCAAUUUACAGAACAGCCUAGGAGACUGGAUACCGAAGACGGAAGUUGAGAAGCUAGCUACGGUCCAGAAUAUUCAACUACGAACGGGAUCUGUCUGUAACCCUGGCGGAACGGCAUCAUCUCUUGGAUGGACCGGCCCUGAGCUACGUCGCCACUACUCCACAGGAUUACGUUGCGGUGAUGACCAUGACAUUCUCGGUGGUCGGCCGACUGGUAUUCUGCGAGUCAGCCUUGGGGCCAUGACCAACAUGAAAGAUAUCGAAUCCGUGGUCGACUUUAUCGAAGAGUUUUAUGUUGAAAAAGUCCCUCCGGUCGUCGCAUUGAAUCCUUCGCUACAAGAGAACGAAGUUGUUGGCCGACACUUUUACAUUGAAAGCCUCUCGGUUUUCCCGAUCAAGAGUUGCGGCGCUUUCAAGAUCCCAGAAGGGAAACGAUGGGAGAUCAAACGCGAAGGAUUGGCAUGGGACCGCGAAUGGUGUCUCAUUCACCAAGGCACAGGUGCUGCUUUAAAUCAAAAGCGCUAUCCUCGCAUGGCUCUCAUCCGACCAUCUGUCGACCUUGAUCGUGGCGUCCUGCGGAUCACCUGUGGUAUCCUGACUGACCAAGUGAGCCUUGAGAUUUCCCUUGGCUGGGAAGAGACAAGCCUCAUUUCGACGUCGUUGUGCUCGAACUCUACAAAGAAAUCCACCGUAUGCGGUGACCAAGUAUCUCUGCACGCAUAUGCGUCACCUGUCGUGUCUGCAUUCUUUUCUGAUUUCCUCGGUGUUCCUUGCACGCUUGCACGCUUUCCAGCACAAACUGCCAACCGAUUUUCUCGGCCGCCUCGCCUGUCAGGUAACUGGAAGAGCAAAUUCCGCAAGUUAAUCAUGCCCGGCUCCUUUCCACCAGACCUACCGCCCCCGGUCCGGGAGAUUGGUCCAAAUCCCCUGCUUCUCGCCAACGAGAUGCCUAUCUUGGUGGUUUCGCGCUCAUCGGUGAAUCGACUAAAUGAGACCAUCAAGGCCAACAGCAAGCACGGUACAAGUGGCAGCAAGGCUGUUGCCGCAGACGUCUUCCGAGGCAACAUUGUUGUCGCUGAACGACUGACGCAACUUGGCGAUGCAGAACAACCGUAUGCUGAAGAUAAAUGGUCGGAUCUCCGCAUCGGGCCAGAUCAGCUUCGCAUAGAUAUCCUAGACGCAUGCCAACGUUGUCAGAUGGUUUGCAUCGACCAAUUCACCGGUGUUCGACGUAAUGAGCCGUUCUCGACUCUCGCGAAGACGAGGAACAUCGACGGCAAGGUAUCUUUUGGUAGUUACGCGGCACUUUCCCGGGAGGAGAUGGAGAGCUUUGACAUGCAACCGGACCGCCGGACGGUCAUGGUUGGAGACGUGGUGACACCCACGUAUCGCAACGACUAA